AUGAGCCUCAACUGGGAGAGCCAAGCCCAAAAGGGCAAAGAUGUCUUGAAUAAUUCGAUCCCGAAGCAAUGGCUUGUUCCUGUUGAUAGGCUGCCGCCAGCCUCGCAGAAGAGCGUUGUCGAGUUCCCUCGGAGCAGUGGCUUGCUCAGUACACACGAACUGCUUAUCACUGACAUGACUGCCACGGCACUGGUAGAGGAAAUGGGCAAAGGAGCAUUGACGGCGGAAGAGGUGGUGACUGCAUUCUUGAAGCGAGCUGUCAUGGGUCACCAAAUGCUUAACUUUGCAACCGAGUUUCUUGCUGACGAAGCCCUCGCUCGCGCCAAAGAGCUUGAUGCAUAUUACCGACGCACUGGGAAACUAGUUGGACCUUUGCACGGCGUUCCAAUCAGUGUGAAGGAGCAUAUAUCCAUGAAGAACCGGACGUGCAACACAGGAUAUGUAGCUUGGACCGACAAAGUUUACACGGAAGAUGCAUUCCUGCUUCAACUCUUAUCCAAGGCCGGCGCAGUAUUCCAUGUCAGAACAAAUCAGCCACAAUCACUCAUGCAUCUAUGCUGUAGCAACAAUAUCACUGGAACGACGGUGAACCCAUACAACCGUACUUUGACCCCGGGUGGAUCUUCCGGGGGAGAGGGUGCCUCGAUGGGCUUCCGCUGCGCACCACUAGGUAUCGGCACCGACAUUGGCGGAUCGAUUCGUUGCCCGGCAGCAUUCUGCGGCGCCUAUGGAUUCCGCCCUUCCUCACUGCGAAACCCAGCAACGGGCAUUAAGGUGGCUUCAUCAGGCCAGGAGAAUAUUCGCGGAGUCGUGGGACCAAUGUCCAGUCGCUCAAUUGAAGAUCUGGAACUGUUCCAAAGAGCCGUCUUGGAUCAAGAGCCUUGGGAUGUUGAAACGUCAUUGAUGCCUGUGCCUUGGAAGAAUGUCGCGCCUUCGAGAGAAAUGACCGUGGCAAUCAUGUGGGACGAUGGUUGGGUCCGACCUCACCCUCCCAUCACUCGUGCGUUGCAUUUCGCUAGGGAAAAGCUCGUUGCGGCAGGUAUCAAAGUCGUGGACUGGGAGCCAUAUAAACACCAGCAUGGAUGGGAGAUCAUUUCUGCUCUCUACUACCCCGACGCUGGCGCAAAACAGCGUCAAGUCCUCGCUCAAUCCGGCGAGCCUGCUCGCCCACUCACGGAAUGGGCACUAUCAUAUGCUGGAAACAAGACCCUCUCACAGGAAGAAACUUGGAACUUGCAAGAGCAGCGUGAGAUCUUCAAGGAUGAGUAUCAUGGCCUCAUGAAGGCUCGCGGGGUCGACUUCAUUCUCUCUCCGAAUUAUCCUGGAGUAGCGGCUGUGAUGGGCGAGUCGCAGUAUUGGAACUAUACUGCAAUCUGGAACAUUGUAGAUCUCCCUUCGGCGACUUUCCCCUCUGGACUUAGCGUUGACCCAAAGCUUGACGCUCUGACUGAGCUCGGCAAGAAGUAUGUUCCUAGGGAUGGUGUUGAUGAGCGCGAGUGGCAGAAGUACCAGGGGCCCGAGCGAUAUGAAGGUGCGCCGAUCGGGUUGCAGAUUGCUGGGAAGCGAUACAGGGACGAAGAGACCCUGGCGGCUGCUAAAUUGGUGGAAGAGAUCGUCAGUGGAAACUCGAAAUCGAAGCUUUAA